CCUGGCCAAGGAGUAAAGAGAACAGGAAAAAGACGAGAGAAACUGAGAUCUGUGUAACAUGAGCAACACCCAAUUUUGGUUCCCUGGCAACCAAUUGGCCCACCUCAACACUCCUGAAAUACACACCAGUUUGGACAGACUGACACCUGUUUACCCAGCAUGCAGUGCAGUUGCAUACGUCUGCAAUGACACCCAUGUCCUUCAGAACGACUUACUGAAAUUUGCAAAUUGCUAAUUUGGGACCUGACCACAGAGAAAAAAAACACGGACUCUAAUAAAACGUUGGUGAAACAUGCUUAAGAAAAUCCAUAAACCUUCCACCUGUGUCAGUCCUGGUAUGAAUUUAAGGUUUUAAGGUUAAACUGAGUUAGCGAUCGUCCCCAAACCCCUUAGCUGGAAAUGCAAUGGAUGUAAAAAUAGGCAGAAUUACAUAAAAUGACCAGAAACACAAAAGGUUUCUAAAUCUGCUAUUGUCAUUAAAGAGAGGGAAUAAAUGCCAACCUGUUCAAUUUUUCUCUUGUAUCGUAUAUAUUUUUUUACAUAUAUAAAAAUUAAAAGAAGAUAAUAAUACAUUUUUUAAAAAUGCCCUGUUGACAGCCUACAUCCCUUGUAGGACCCCGUACCCUACUUUUGGAACCACUGUUCUACACAUUACCAGUAGGUAACUCUGUAUAUUUAACAGCGUCUCUGCAUUACACAGUGACCAGAGGUCCGGUGUCACGACGCAGUUUUCACACUGUGAAUCCCAACAUCACUGCCUCUCACCACUUGUCACUCACUCUUCACGCUCCUCAUGUAAACUCCCACAUACAGCGCUGUGUGUGAACAAUCUGUGGUGCAGAGCUGAAGGGGACUAGGCUGACAUGUAAGUCUAAUUAAGAGAGUGUGAUAACAGUGGGAUAUUCCACCAGUUCCUCCCCCUCGCAAUCCCACGGCUGCAUCGGUCGCCCACACGUUCUAAAUGCAUAAAAUCCCAUUUAAUUUAAUGUUAAAUGCCUGGUUCUAGUACACAGCAUCCGGGCCUUUCCAAAAACACUCCACUGGGCUGUUCUACUAUACCGUAACUGUGUCAAGUGGUUCAUCACGGACAUAAAACGAGAAUCACCUCUGUGGAGACUGAACAUCAGCUCCACUCAGUGACGUCUGCGGGAGGUUCAUGGACAGGAAGUGUGUCCUUAUAUGGCUGCAGUCAGAACAGCGCAUUGAUAUGCGCGACGCGCACUCAGGCCAUCCUUCUGCUGCAGCAGCCCCCGCACACUAUCAAACUGGGGAAGCCACUAAACACCACCGCUACCACCACCCCCUCCCCGUCUACACCCUCCUCUAUACCAGCCGGGGGAUUCAGUGGGAUGGAGAUAAACGAGAAAUCUGGUCGAUUUAGUAUAAGAAUCACGAUCAGCAAUGAUGCAACAAAAGUUCCUGCUCACAUUAUAAUCAUAUAUAUUAGUACGAUAUUAAUACUACUACUACUACUAAUAAUAAUAAUAAUGCACGGUAUUUCAUAAGGCAGACCUGCUCAAUAGCUUUUCAAAGGUAAUCAGAAGAUCUGAUUAGUCCAAUCCUGAGAUAGGACUGGAUGUCAGAUAGGAAUAAAACCCAUUCGUGCUAAGAAAAUUAUUUUUAACAACCAAAUAUAUAAAAAAGUAUAAAGUAUACUAAAGUAUUCAAAAACACAUUUAAAUGCCAAACAGGUUGAACCUUGAAGCAGAUAAAAACAGACAGAAGACAACACCAGGUGCCACAAGUGAGUUAAAAAAAAAUCUCAGCAAAACCCAAUGACAUUGAACAAGAGAGGACUAGAAAAAAAUAAAUCUUCCCUUCUCGUCUAAAGAUCGAAUUUUGCUGCUAAAUCUGGAAAGUUUAUCAGAACUUGGAGUAGAUAGCGUCAAAUUAUUGAUUUUAGCGUCUUGUAUUUACAUCUGCUGAUGGUAUAAACUGCCACGCUCCUGUAAUGUGUACUCCCUAAAGGGAAAACACCACACGACAAUGACGUUGCUACAUUCAAAUGUCCGUCAGCGUAAUUAGGAAAGUGCUCAAAUCAUUAAAACAACUUCAGAAAGAAGACAUUUACACCGUGGACAUCUCAAUAUAUCUCGAUAUUUUUCUUAAUUUGAUCACCCAAAUGCAUCGAUGUGUGGAUGAAUUGACAUUAAAAGAACGAUUUUGAAAAUAAAAUCGCCGGGGAGCUCUGGUCGACCUUUAGAUGUAUAAAGUGGUACUUAUAUCAUUUUCAGCAUGAGUGCUCACUGUCAGUGUUUGUGUGGAGUGUGACAGUGAUUCACACAGAACUGCUCUGCAGGACGUCUCUGCCCCAUGACUCAUCCUGACGAGCUUCAGCACCACGGACAGCGCCGCACUUACGCUAGUUCCCCACAACAAUAAACCUCAGAGCCCCGUACAUCCAACACCAUCAAACUACAGCCCCACCUCUAAACACCCCCCCGGGGAUAUGGAGAAAUAUGUGUGGGAACUGAUGGGAAGAGGUGUGUGUGUGUGUGUUUGUUCGAGAGGCAAGCCGCAGUGGGAGGGGUCAGAGAGAUGCCGCAUUUUUCUGAAUGAAAUUACUCCACAUUAGAUACCCUCCCUUCUGUGUCCGCAUCCCGAAUGCGAGCUCAUGAUUGGUGGAGGCUCGCAGCCGCUGACGUCAGACAGACUCUCUUGUGGACGAGUCCGCGCGCAACAGCAUCCAUUCUGGCACCUAUAAGCGCUCGGCGAAGAGACUGGACGACAAAGAUGCAACAGAGGCAAAGAGGUGAAGCUGCCAAACUUGGAUGAAGACACGAGAGAUAUUCCACUGGAUUAUCAUCUUUUUACAACAGGCGGAGAGCAUCGCAGCAUCCUUUGCCUGGGAUCGUGUCAGAACUGGGCUCGGAAUUCACACCAAAAAGAAUCAAUCACCAGAUCACCUUCAUCAGGUUGCCUUAGUGUGACUGCUCUCCAGCCAUGAUCCUGAACUCCUCAGACCUGGGGUGGGACGAGUCCUCAGGUUUACCGGAGGUCUUCUUCCCUGUGGAGCAGCUAGAUGAACAUCCAUCUUCACAUGAGUUUCCAUCGCUCACUAUAUGGGGAGUGGCCCUGUGUGUUUCAGGAACUCUCAUUGCUGCUGAAAACGCCAUCGUGGUCACCACAAUACUAGCAACCCCAUCUCUACGCGCCCCCGUCUUCCUGCUCCUUGCAAGCCUGGGCUUGGCUGACUUUCUAGCAGGCGUUGCCCUCAUCCUUCACUUCCUCUUCCUCUUCUGCAUGGAGCCCAGUGACUGGUCGGAACUGGUGACCUCAGGGUUGCUGGUGACAUCCCUGACUGCCUCGCUCUGCAGCCUGAUGGGCGUAGCACUGGACAGGUACCUGUCUCUGAGCCACGCUCUCACCUACGGCUCAGGCCAAUCACGUCGCAGAGCUGCUGUGCUCCUGCUGCUGGUCUGGGUGGGAGCGUGUGUCAUUGGUGUUGGACCGGUGAUGGGGUGGCACUGCAUAGGAGAACCAGAAUCCUGUUCUGUUGCACGACCACUGACAAGGACAUAUCUGUCGCUGCUCUGCGGUGGAUUCCUGGUUGUCGUUAUGGUGACCCUACAGUUGUACGCCGGAAUCUGCCGUGUGGCAAGGAGGCACGCCCAUGCCAUUGCUACCCAAAGGCACUUCCUGCCAACAAACCCUUCAUAUGCAAGCAAACACGGCAGUGGCAGGGGAUUCUCUCGGCUGAUCCUGGUGCUCAGUGUGUUUGUGGGCUGCUGGAUGCCUUUCUCCCUUUGGGGGCUGCUGGGAGACGCGUCCAGCCCUCCUUUGUACACCUACGCCACCCUGGUGCCAGCCGCAGGUAGCUCCCUGCUCAACCCCAUACUCUACAGUCUAAGAAACAAGGACAUUCGUAAGGUGCUGCUUCAGGCCUUCUGCCCUCACAGAAACACAAACAACACACAGAUCCACAACCCGGUGGAUGUGUAGAACUGCCAAAUGAAUCAUAACAACAUGAAACAAAUUAAAUCUAGACAUAUCACUGAUCGUGUGCCAAGAUUCACAGACAGAGCUGUACUGACUGUCAGCCAGACCCCAGAACCUGAAGCCUCAAACUCAAGAACCCACACACACAUACACACACUCCCACAUACACAGGCAGCACUUCUCGAAGAGCAGAUGUCCUCCUCAAGAUCAGAAUGUACUGGACUGUCCUGGCAGGCUGUCGUCUAAAGACCCGCUCUGCCACGGACACAAAGAUUAAACGUACUGUCCUGUGUGUGUGCUUUGUGCCUCCUUCACAGUCAAUGGUAGCUCCACCAGAGUGAAACAAUCAAAUACAGAGAAGUUAUGGAAGAACGUAAUUGUACAAUCUAAAAGAAAACGUAGGGACCACUUCAGAUUUUCUUAAAUUUGCUUCUUGACAUGGUGGCAAUUAGGGAAAAUCUAUACCAUAGUAAUAAAAUAGUAGUGGCCUCUUUAUUUUUUUUUUAAGUGGAUUUGAAGAUCAUCAGCACUUUGCCUAAGAAGAGAUGCAUUCUAAUUUCCAUCGUUCUGCCUAUUUCAGUAUAAAAGUGUAGAGGACUUCAAAGCCCACUUUAAUUUACUUGAAUCUUGAGUAAACACUGUCCCAGAUGUCGGAGCCUCUAUUUUGCACAUGCUGUCAAAGGCACUUUGAAAAUGUACUGACCAUACAUUCAUGUUGCACAAUCUUUUUCAAAUGAAUGUUUUAUACCAAUGAAUAAAAAAUAUGCUCUUCUACUGCACAACGUCAGCUUCCUUCUCUGCUGUCGAUGCUUUUCAUGUUCGCGAGCCUGUCCCUUUAUCUCUGGCCUUAGCUUUGAUCACACAUCAGCAGAUUACAAUCACGUAAGCAGCAUCGUCCAUUUAAGGUCCUCACAGCAGCUGUGGCACCAGGACGAAAAACACCUCUUAUAUCAAGUUCACGUAAAAACUCCUUCAGCACUGGACACAUUAAACAAAAUGUGACUAGAGAGUAUGAGUCACAAAUAAGUAAUCAGGCCAAGGCUGGACAGUGCUUGGUACUCCUGGGAACUUCUUAUCACAGAGCAGCAUUCAUAUCGUUCCAACACUGCAAACAACAUAUAUAUAUAUAUAAACAAUCACUGCAAUAUACUCUUUUAUUGAAAUAACUAGAAACACUUAGAAAAUUUUAAGGCAUGAGAUGGAGAACUUUGGCAAAGCAUGAUGUGUGAUUGUGCUCCAACGAAAGCAGACCAGAUUAGAGGCACUUGAAAAAACUGUGGUUGAAACUACUCAGUUCUUCCUUUCACACAAUAAAGGCAUUUUUUUGAUUAGGAGAAGUGUGGAUAAAGUUAAUUAACUAAUAAUGACUCAAAGCAUAAAAAUACAAAUAUCCAACGGCAGGUUAAAGCAGACCAUUAAUUGACCCUACACAGUGAUUGACGCAACGCAACCGAGUUCACCCUCAGAAAUAGAAAAAAAAAAAAA